CUCUCUCUCUAAUUAUAUUUUCUUAUCCUUUUUUCUUUUCUUCCUGUAGCAAUACGUUUCAUAGUAGGAAAAAUAACAAAUUUUGAGCUUCCGAAGGGCAAGCUAAAGAAGAUAAACAAAUGAAGAUUCAGUGCGACGUGUGUAACAAAGACGAGGCUUCGGUGUUCUGCAGUGCUGACGAGGCAGCUCUUUGUGACACGUGCGACCACCGUGUCCACCAUGCCAACAAGCUUGCCUCUAAGCACCAACGCUUUUCGCUUCUCCAUCCUUGCUUUAAAGACUUCCCUCUCUGUGACGUUUGUCAGGAGAAGAGAGCCCUCUUGUUUUGCCAACAAGACCGAGCAAUUCUGUGCAGAGAUUGUGAUGUGCCGAUUCAUACCGCCAGCGAGCACACUCAGAAGCAUAAUAGGUUUCUUCUCACAGGGGUUAAACUUUCUGCUACUUCUACCAUUUAUGCGUCCUCUUUAGCCAAUGGUUGUGAUUCUGUUCCUGAUGCUAAAUCUCAGAAGUCUUCACAGAAUUCAAAUCCAUCUUCUAGUUCGAAGAUUUCAAAUACAACAACAUCAACAACUAGCAUAUCAGAAUACUUAGAGAUGCUCCCUGGCUGGCAUAUUGAAGACUUUCUUGAUUCUUCUCCUGUAGACAACUUUGGUUUCUCUAAGAGUAAUGAUGGUAUGUUGCCGUUUUCGGAGGCUGAUUUUAGAUGCAAUUUGAGUUCUUUGUCAUCUGAAAGUAAUGGAAUCUGGGUCCCUCAAGCCCCAAUUCCUCUCCAGCCUGCUGUCUCUUCUUCACAAAUUGGAGGAGAAAUCAGUAUCGAGGAGGUUAACAGCAUGAAAAGCAACAACAGUAGGCGGAAGACAGACGAUGGCUUCACAGUUCCACAGAUCAGUCCAUCUUCAGCUUGCUCAAAGAGAUCUAGACCAUCCAAUUUCUGUCAAAAUUAGAUUACCAAGAUCUGUAAUCGAUCAUGAAGAAAAAUCAUGUUCCUACGUUUUAGAUGUGUCAUUUGGCCACCACUCUCUUUUCGUGGUCCAAAAAUCCAUCUGGGUUUUGUUUCCAUCAUUUUGCUUCAUCUUUUUCUUGUACUUGCAACAAGCAAACGUCUUUGUACAUAUUCAGGAUAUCUGCAAAACCUUUUGAAUAUCA